AUGUCUCAUCGCCGAAUAUUGUCGGUAAAUGACAUAAUAUCGCAUCUUGAAGACAACGAUGACGUAUUGUCAGCAGAUAUUUACAUAACACCCCCAGAUAAUUACGACAAAAGUGAUGAAGACAGUGGAGAUGAGGAGUCUUCGAACAUAAAUCACCUGUCCAGGCAGCAGCUCUUAGCACAGGCUGAGUUUAGGGCUACUGUAUCUUCACAGUCUAAUUUAGAUAUUAUAGAAAGCGUAUCAAAUGAAGUUUCUAUAGAUAAUAAUACACACGGCGACUUAUCAGUACAACCACCGGCAAAGAAAAAAAAAAAAUGUCCAGCUACCCGAAAGUGGAAGAAAGUAGAUAUUCCAGUGAAGACAGAGAAAACAUCAGAGCCACCACAUUUCUUAGAACACCUAGAUACUCCUGUUCACUUUUUUGAACUUUUUUUUGACGAAGACGUUUUUGAAUUGAUUCGCUCUGAAACCGAAAAAAAUGCUAUUCAAAAAGGUUACCACAAUUUCAAAGUUACAACUGAGGAAAUAAAACGAUUUAUAGGGAUUCUCUUGCUGUCUGGUUACAACAGUGUUGCUAGAUAUCGUAUGUACUGGGAGCAAAGUGUUGAUUGUAAUUUUCAAGGGGCAAGCACAGGAAAUACCCACCCAGAACUUGGUGUAGGUGCUUCUGUUGUUUUAGACCUCAUAUCCAAAUUGCCGCCCGGUACUUACAGCUUUUAUAUGGACAACUAUUUUACAUCUUUACCCUUGUUGGAUGAAAUAAAAACAUUAGGACACGAUGCGACGGGAACGGUUAGGGCAAAUAGGGUAGAAAAGGCACCCUUGAAAGAAGCGAAAGAUAUGAAGAAAAUGAGCAGAGGGUCUUUUGACCAGUGUACAGAUACUCUGACGAACAUCACCCUCGUACGUUACAAUGACAACAAUAUUGUUACCGUUGCCUCAACCGAAUGUGGUGUGGAGCCUUUAGCUAAGACUUUUCCUGAAAAUUCUUCUUCAGUAAAGAAGCCUAUUCCAAGAUCAUCUCUAGCAGUCAUAAAACGAGUUCCAGUUGAUAUUAGGUUAGAUGGAAAGGCACACCAUAUUAUCAAAAGUGAUAAACAAAACCGUUGUGGUUUAUGUCAUAAAAACACGACAAUGAAAUGUGGCAAAUGCAACGUCGCCCUACACCAAAAGUGUUCUCCUGCGUUUCAUACGAAAUAA